GGAAAGUACGAGAAAGGAAACGGUUGGGCAAGCGAAGAUGUCGAAAACGCAGGUGCAGCCGAUAGGGCAGAAGAGACUGACGAACGUCGCCGUCGUCCGCCUCAAGAAGCGCGGCAUGCGCUUCGAGAUCGCCUGCUACAAGAACAAGGUCCUCUCAUGGCGCUCCCGCGUAGAGAAAGAUCUGGACGAAGUGUUGCAGUCGCACACUGUAUACUCAAAUGUCUCGAAAGGGAUUCUCGCGAAAACGAAGGAUUUGGUGGCCGCAUUUGGGACCGAUGACCAGACGAAAAUAUGUUUGGAGAUUUUGGAGAAAGGAGAGCUUCAAGUUGGUGGAAGGAGAGGGAAUCUCAGUUAUCUAGUCAGUUUCGAGACAUUGCAACGAUUGUUAAGCAGUGGAAGACAUAAAUGAAUUUAUAAGUAUAUAAAACCUUCUCAUAUAAUUAGCAUUAGCGAUCUUUUUUAGCUAGAGAAUUUUUAUCUUCUGUGUUUCUUGACUGGUUUUGGCACUUGAUAUCCUCUCGGCACUAACUUUUCUUCUCUUUUAUUCAACUUUGGUCAUUCAUAUAACUCAUCUGCUAGUCACCAUUGCUGAUCCAUUAUUGUACAUUAUGUUUAUCCUUUUUUCAUUAAACCUUUGAGAUAGUU